AUGUCAUUAAAUGUAUCAAGUCCUAAAAUUUUUCUGCAAAAUGUUUAUUCUCUUCCUUUUACUUGCUUUAGUUUAGUGUAUUUUCCUCAAUGCCGCUUUCAAAAUGUUCUGAUAGCUUAUUGUAAUAGUUGUCAAAAUAUCUUAAAAGUUAACUUUCUUCAUUUUUAUUGUAGAGGCACUUUUGUAUUUCCUCCACCUCAUUAUUUUCGUCCAAAUACAAGAAGAUACGCAAUCCAAUAUACUUUAGAGAAUUUUGUUUCUGUUCAAGCUAUUAAUUUCGUAAUUAUUGCGUCAUAUUAUCCAUUCUAA